ACUGACGGGAACGAAGAUAUGGUACCCUCUGCAGAAUUCGAGAACUGAACCCGGAGGGAUUUCGUGCACGUACAGCUUGUCAGUCUUCACGACAGGCCGGAAAUCAGUAUCAAGAUCCGUGCGCCAGAGGUUGUCCUGGAAACUGGUUAAUUCUGAGACGGGAGCCAUAGUGCUGGUGUGUCUCACCCCAGUGCGGGGGCGUAACCGCUACGAAUCGGGGACAACCGCGAUAAAGGAAGACUGGGGAGAGAAGAGAUGAGCUGAGCCAAGAGGGUGGGCGAAGAGGAAAGCAAAGCCCCAAGAUGGGUAGGCGCAGGAUGUAAGGGUGCCCUUGACCUGGACAUUGUGGUACAGACCAGGAGUAGAUGCUGAAGGACUUAGUAUGUAGAACAGGGCCACACAUUUGUGGCUAGUCCAACAUAGGUGACAAUGCAUUUGGACAGAGAGAAUGGUCUUUGCCACAAAUGGUUUGGAACAAUGAGAAAUCCACAGCAAAUAAAUGAAACUCUACUAUUAUCUGUAUACAAAAACGAUGGUUCGUAAACCUAAAUGUAGAACAUAGAACUAAACUUUGUAUAACGAAACGUAAAGGUUUUGUGACUGAGUUGAUUCCAAAUUAGUUGUAAUUUUAUAUUUCCACCAUCAAGGCAAGAGUUCCAGUUUGUCUACAUGCUUAGGGAAAAAUGGCAUUAUCUACACACUGCCUAACAACUUGUGAGAAAAUGGACAAUUAGACAAGUGUCACCCAGAACUGUCUUCUCAGCAUGAUUCAGAUCUCUGCAGAUGCAGUGAGCUGGGCCCCAGGACGCCCCAGCCACCCUGACACACCACCCAACAUCUAUGAGGGAGGGCUGGGGGCCCAGCAGCAGCAGGGCCCCGGUGCCCAGGGAAGCAAGCCCAAGAACUUCCGAUUGCGUCACCUCCGGAGCCUGGCUCUCUACCUGCCAGGCCACAUGCAGCCUGCUGGUCAAUGUGGAAGCCACUGGCUAGGCCGGCUCAUGGCUGGGGGCAGCCUGCCGAGGCCUGAAGGCUCGGCCUGGCCACUGGACCUGCCACAGGGGACCUUGGGUCCAGGUAACAGCCAUUGCUCAACCCUUCUGGAAGCCCAACUGCCCAGGGACAGCCUGGGAAAUACAGCUUCCAGUUCCAGCAUGGACCCAGCCAAGGGUAUCCCCUCCCAGUCUGGUCCCCCUGAGGGCUUGGGACUCAGGCCCAAGAGGUCCUGGAGAGCCUUGGAGGAGACCAUGUGUCCCUUGUGCAAGAGAACCCGCUCUGGGGCCUUGGAGAGGACAUAAGGAUCCAAAGUGCCAGGGCUGGGGACAGUAGGGGAAGAGUGGCCGAGGAGGCCAGGUUUACUGAAGAAGGGUUCAGUCCCAGCAGUAGCCCUGCCCACUGAGAUGGCCCCCAUAGCUGCCCAGCACCAGGCCUGGGCUAGUCUGGGGAUAGUAUGAAGGGAGGGAGGAGGAAGUCCCAUGGGAGGGACAGGAGAAAUGGAAGCAUACCCGUGCCCUUGCAGCCUGCCCAAACUCCGGUCAGCCACUUGUACCUGGGAGGCCAGGCCGAGCAGAGUCAGGUUCCUGAGAGGCCAGGGAGUCCUCAGGUCUAACCUCAGUAAAAGCCAAGGCCUACACA